CCUGAUGUAGAGAUGCUAGCAAGGGUAGCUAGCAGGCCUUUUUAUGGUGGAGUGGUUCUGCGGAAGAAACUACAGUCAUGGGUAAGCGGAUAGGGCGUCAGACUUAUAGCCCAAAUGUUGCCGGUUCUACCCCCAACCCGCCAGGUUGAUGGGGGGGGGGGUUAACCAGUGCUCUCCCCCAUCCUCCUCCAUGACUGAGGUGCCCGGAGUAGGUACUGUUCCACCAUGCCAUUGGAUGCUGCCCACCUGCACGGGUGAGGCAUGAAUGAAAUUUUGUUGUGUGCUGUGGAGUGCUGUGUCAAAAUGACAAUGGGAGUUGGAGUUUCCCAGGUGGGCUUUCACUUUCACUUAAAAACAUUCUUACUUGAACUCUUACAGGAUACGUCCACUAUUUAGUGCAUUCAGCCCCUUUUCUGAAAUUUUCUGAAUGUUCUGAACGUCAUGAAUUUGGUGUUACCAGAAUGGCAAUGCUCAAGUCGUAAUGUACUGUAUUACUAAGGGCAUGUUGUCGGAGUGUAACACUAUGGUAGUAAAGUAUUAUUCAACGACUAUUAGAGCAUUCCACUGGCAGAAGACUGUGCAUUAUGAGGCUACAGUCUGGGUACUGGACCACACCAACAAGCCUGUGCAAUACAGAAGAUAAAAUCCAUAAGUGCAGCAAUAUGCAACAUUCCUUUCAUGUUGGCGUUAACCCUUCGUCAGGUGGAUACAUUGAUAUUUCCAUUGAUGUUUCCCUCUGUCUCUGGGAGGGUGGAUCCUUGCUUUUGCAUUAUAUCUAUUAGCUCAUCUUCUCCCGAAGAUUUUGGGUCCUGCCACUGUUGGGUGGAUGCUGGAGCUAAAUCUGUGACCAAACUCUCCUUUUUUACUCUCCCUUUUUUAAUCCAGAAAAUGAUUGGACUAUAUGAAUAUCAAUGACCUAUACAGGAGAAUAAACUUCAACAAAAUGUCAUUAUAAUGAAUUGAGCUUUAUUGACAUGUAACAUGAAAACACGUCUCAACUGCCCGCUGCUACUACAUACAGUAGCUAUUGCCAUCACAAUACAGAAUUCCGCAGGACAACUGUACACACAGAGGCUGAUUUCAGUUUAAAUGUGGUUUUAGUGCCCCUAAUCUCAAAGCAAAAUAAAUACUUACAAAUCUUGUCUGGAGGCGUUAGCCAAGAGGCCUGGAUUUAAUAAAGUAUUAAAUAACAUUAACCUGUGAAACAGAGGCUAAGCUGAAUACACCAGACAGUUUUAGUUGAUCAGUUCUUUACGUUGAAAACUUGCAACUGCCUAAAACCACCUCAGUGUUUCUGUACCACGUAUUACUGCCAAAGUCAAAGGUUACAACUGUCUGGGAUAUUGUGUCUAAAAGUGUUCAGUGCCAACCCUGGUCUCAGUCCAGGUCUUAGCAGUCUUGCAUAAGUCUCUCCAUUCCCGCUGUGCCCAAGACACCUACGUAGGUCAAACUCACCACUCGGGACAUAGACUUAAACACGUAUGUAUGCCAGAUGGGCCAUGGUGCAGCCUAGGAAGGAAGGAGAAAUUAGGAUAGUAGGCACCAGGAGACAUGGUAUUUUUUGAUCCACCUGAGGCCUUAUAAGGACAUGGUUUAGUCGCCGACGAGCAGUCAGUGCAGUGCAGUGGCAAUGAAUGACUAGAUGACGCAACGUUGGUUCGAGGCUUCUUGGCAGAACUUGCACUAAUGCUCCAAGGCCGCUUGUGUUUGCGCUGGCAGGCCGUGGACAAAAGGGCAUGUGUUGAAGAAGGAGUGGGGGGCUUUUUAGACUGCUGCUGCUGAGGCAGGAAGCAAAAAAUGUGAUAAAAAACCCUGCACUCUCCAAGUGUGAUGUAACAGAGGGGUUGACUAGCCUUGAGCAGACUAGAGUUGCAAAAAAAACAUGUUUAUUUAUUUUUGCUCCCCUCACACCCAGACACACUCAAUUCAGCAGUCAACGCAGGCUGGCUUAGAGCAGAGUGUAUGUAGCUGAGACAGGCAGAGGGCUAUGAUUUCAUGAGGACACCUAACCCAGUGGUCACCCAAAGGGACUGCAGUGUCCUCUCGUCUAGUCUCGUCUCGUCUCGUCUCCUCUUGGCGUGUCAUUGAGGCGCUGACUGGAUGUAGUGUCGAGUGUCAGUGGAGGCUCUCGUCUCUUCAAACCCGACCUGUCUGUCUGCCCCACUGUGGAGAGGUUUCUGAGGUUCUUGCUAUCGGAGUACUUCGGCGUGAGUGACGGUCGGGGCUGGGUCGCCAUGACAACGGACGCCAUGGUGAAGGAGCCCUCGGUGACGGUGGCGGAGGAUGAGGGGCGCGACGACGGCGCCGAGAUGGCCCUGGUCCCCUUGCUGUCCUGCAGACUCUGCCUGGGAGAGUUCACGCCCGAUCACAUGACUUCUCUCACCCAGUGCUCAUGCUCCUUCUGCACAGCAUGUCUGAGGCAGUAUGCGGAGCUGCUGAUCAGAGAGGGCCUCCAGACUGACAUCACCUGCCCAGACUCAGCCUGUCCUCGCCAGGGGGUCCUGCAGGACACUGAGGUGGAGCUUCUGGUACCAUCAGAGGUGCUACAGCGCUAUCAGCGGCUACGCUUUGAGAAAGAGGUGUUGCUGGACCCCCUGCGUACGUGGUGCCCGUCGUCCUCCUGCCAGGCCGUGUGCCACCUGCAAGGGGACGGGGUGAAGGAGGCGUCGGCGGCCCCCCAGCGCGUGCAGUGCCCCGCCUGCAGCACCCAGUUCUGCUCCGCCUGCCGCGCCAACUGGCACCAGGGCCAGCCGUGCCAGGAGACAACAGGUCUCAUCACCAGCCUGCUGCCCAGGGAUAUCAGCGCCUUGUGUAAGUGUGAGGAUGAGGACGCGCCCAUCAAGCGCUGCCCCCGGUGCAAGGUGUACAUCGAGCGGGACGAGGGCUGCGCCCAGAUGAUGUGCAAGAGCUGCAAGCACGCCUUCUGCUGGUACUGCCUGGAAUCGCUAGACGAUGACUUCCUCCUAAUCCACUAUGACAAAGGGCCGUGCAGGAACAAGCUGGGUCACUCCAGAGCUUCUGUCAUCUGGCAUCGCACUCAGGUGGUGGGUAUAUUUGCGGGCUUUGGUCUGUUGCUGCUGGUGGCGUCUCCCUUCCUGCUCUUGGCCACGCCCUUCGUGCUGUGCUGCAAGUGCAGGUGUCGCCGUGGUGAUGACGACCCGCUGCCCACCUAACAUAGGAGGGGUCAAAGGUCACCCGUCUUGAUCCGCACGGCCCCUCAUUUGGGGACCACCCUCUUACCUCUUGACACCGCAGGAUUCCCAGCUCCCGCCGCAAGCCGCCUGCGACGCCCACCGCACGCCGACAGGAAGCAGGAAGAAGCUCUACAUCCUGUGCAGCUUGGUGGUUACCGUAGUUACCAUAUAUGGCCUCUUGUCAACAGGGGGGCAACUGUGUCCUCUCUCCUCUUGUUGAAGCAGCUUUUGACUUUGGUGGAAAAGAGGGAAAGAGAGACAGAGAGAGAGAGAAAGAGAGAGAAUGAAGAACAAAAAAGGAUAAAGGCAGAGAAAGAAAGGUGGACUUGUGGAAGAAAGCAUGUAGCAAAGAACUAUUAUCUCCGCACAGUUUUGCUUCAAUUCUAUUUCUAAUCUCUGUUCUGUUGUUCUCUUGUAACUCAACCUAAGGGAUGUGUGGUAUGUGUUUCACUCUAAGGAGGAGGAAUGCUUGUGUGCAAUUAGUUAAGUAAACUUAUCAUGUUUGUGUUCUGCGGAAAAGUCCUGUGUUAUCCCUCCCUGCACCCUCAUGGUCAUUGUUCAGGCAUCUCCGCAAUAUUUUUUUUGUGCGCAACGUCUUUUUUUUCACAAAGUACAGUGACAUGUCCCCCUUACAUGUGGUGUCUGAGGUUCCAGGGAUUGUACGUAUAUAUGAGGUGUGACGGAUUCCAAAGCAGAACGCACGCACGCACGUCCAGUCCAACACCCUCUCCAUAGUCCCCAAGCUCAUCCGCUCUCACUGAUAGGGACAACCAAGCACAGCAUUGUUGAUCAAGAGAGUUGAGUAAGGGUCCUUUGUGAUGGCCUCCUAGUGCAAACCUGGAUGGCAUCAGAAGGAAAGGCAUUAACUUAUCUUUUGUUUAAGUUCUUCAUUAUAAGGAAAAAUGCUCCUGUUAGAGGUCCUGGUUGAAUAUUUCGUAAUCCUGGUUUGUCACUAGGUCAUUAGCUGUAAGCAUCAGGUUCUCCCACCAGGGGGCAGGCUUGUAGUUUGCUGGCCAGAUGUUUGGUUUAUUUAUGUUCAUGCAUUAUGGUUGGUCAUGGGACUGAGAAUAACAUUGCAGGAUAUAGCAUGCAUUAGACUAGUGAUGAAUGGGGGUGGGAUGGGGGCCUACUCUGGUGAAUCAGCUGUUCACCUAAGCGGAGAGUGCAGUGCCAGCCAAAUACUGUAAUACUAUUACUAAUAGCCGGAUAUCUCAGGAAAAUGGAGAAGUGAAGAGAAACAUGAAGGCUAGAAUUUCUUGGUCAUGAUAUAAUAUAGCAGCAUGUUGAGUCCCGGACCCUGACCUGAAGAAGGUUUUCUUCAAAACAUAGUAUGUGUGGAAAUUGUUACUUGUGGCAUUGUUCUAUCAAAUAUUAUGUACUGUAAGAUAAUGGAAUUUUCCAUGUCAUCUUACCAUGGUCCACCUAUCAGAGAUUGUGACUAGACUAGUUACAAUCUCAGGUCAUUUGUUUUUCCAGUAGGUCCAUGGAGCAGUUUUCAGAAAGGUUUUUUUGCUCUGAAGGUUUUCUUUAUGACUUACAAUUUGACUAUUUGUUAUAUGAUAUCAGUAAAAUGUAGAGCUGGUAUCUUCAUGAUAAAAUGUGAGAAAGGUUUCUGUUCUAUAUUCAUUUUUACUGUAUUUUUUUAAUCUAUGAUUUGUCCAGACUGGAGUGGAUGAGUUUUAAGUGUAAAUGGGGUUUGCCCUUUAAUUUGUAGAUCACUACAAUUUUCCCAUGACGUGCCUAACCAACGUCUUUCUUCCGGUCUCACCAGUAAGACAUAUCGUUGCCAAAUCCUGAGAAGAUGCUGUUCUCAGAAGGUCUAGUAGGGUUCUACUGUAGAUUUUGUUCCCCUGCUUCUUUUUUAACGAAGGAGUGCACUAUUCUUUCCUGAGUUUGUCCUCUUUCUGUGUAUGUGUUAAAAGCACCCAUUACUUGCCUGUUUUCUACAUCGUUUAUAUUGCUGUUGCUGAAUCAUGAAUUUAUGACCCAUAAAAAAUGAUUCAUGAAUUAUUUGGAUGGAUAGUACUGAUGUGAUCCUUCCGAGAGCGUUUGUCUUGUAAGGUUUUCUCGGUUUGUAGAAUAAAAAUAUUACACUUUA